AUGUCGGAUGCUAUUGUACCCAAGGGUCAACCAGUUCCCGGUCACCCUGAAAAAAAGGGAUGGCUUUUUAAAUGGACUAAUUAUCUUAAGGGAUAUCAACGAAGAUGGUUCGUGUUGUCGAAUGGAAUAUUGUCGUACUACAGAAACCAAGCCGAAAUGGCACAUGCAUGUCGUGGAACAAUAUCAUUGCUAGGUGCAUUGAUACACACACCUGAUUCUUGCACAUUUGUCAUCAGUAAUGGUGACACACAAACAUUCCACAUCCGGGCACAUGAUGAAGUUGAAAGACAGAGCUGGGUAACUGCAUUGGAACUCGCCAAGGCAAAAGCUAUUCGGGCUCAAGAAUCCGAUGACGAUGAAGACCAAAUGUCUGGGCAAAUAACAAUUGGUGGAGGCGAAGGGGAAACAGAGGAUGCUGGUGGUAUAGCAAGGGAAUUGGCGGCCCGAUUUCACGACUUGAGAACUUGUUCAGAACUUGUGGCAAGACAUGGUGCUGCUCUCCAGCGAUCUCUUGUUGAUUUGGAAGUUCCCCCAUCUGAUACAACAAAACAAGUUUCUGAGAGGGCUACACUUUUCAGAAUAUCUUGCAAUGCAAUGAUGAAUGCAUGUUCGGAGUUUAUGAGCGCGGCGGCCGCGUCGAGUGCUCGAAUGUCCCGUGCAUUGCAACACGAACGGGAACAGAAGAUGCGUCUGCAGGAAGUCGUGGAGCAGUUAGCUAGGCAACACGACAGUCUUGAGAAGACCGUCACAGCCCGCAACUCUCUACACACAGGUAAAUUUGUUAUUGGUGGAAACGGGGCUGGCCAGGGUAAUGAAACUGAGGAUGAAGAUCAUGAGUUCUUCGAUGCAGUGGAAGAAUGUGUCUCCACUGCAAUGGAUGAUAAGACUUCAUUUGUAAUCAAAGUGCCUGUAAAUAGGAAAAAUAAACUAAAAAGUGGUGAAAGCUCUGAUGAAUCUGAAGGUGAAACAGUAACAGAAACACAACAGGUAAUAUUUGUAGAAGACAAGGAGCAACAAGAGAGUACCAUGGGUGGCACAGAAACUAAUGCUGACAAUGACACAAAUGUCAAUGAACAGACUGACAAUAAGGAGCAGAACAUCGUAGUAUGGCCUCACGUCUCACAAGUGCCUGUAAGCACGGUGGACGGCCACCCGCGGCGAACUCGAGUACCAGACAAGCCCAACUAUCCUCUCAGUCUGUGGUCCAUAAUGAAAAAUUGCAUAGGAAAAGAACUAUCCAAGAUCCCAAUACCUGUCAACUUCAGUGAGCCAUUGUCAAUGUUGCAAAGACUCACGGAGGACUAUGAGUACUCAUCAAUACUGGAUCAGGCGGCUACAUUCACAGAUCCAGCACAGCAGCUCGCAUAUGUUGCCGCAUUCACUGUCUCAUCUUAUGCGACGACAUCAAACAGAACAAAUAAACCUUUCAAUCCAUUGCUUGGUGAAACAUACGAAUGUGAUCGCAUGGCGGAUUUGGGUUGGCGAGCAAUAUCUGAGCAGGUGUCACAUCAUCCACCAAUGGUAGCACAGUUCUGUGAAGGCCAGGCUGGCUGGCAGUGCUGGCAGGAGUUUACCAUGACUACCAAAUUUCGCGGAAAAUAUCUGCAGGUCAUUCCGCUUGGAGGUGCCUCUGCAAUGUUUCCCAAGUCUGGCAAUAAAUACACUUGGAGAAAGGUGACCACAACAGUUCACAAUAUAAUUGUGGGAAAGUUGUGGGUAGACAAUCAUGGAGACAUGGACAUAAUAGGUGAAUCUGGCCCAGCUGCAGGCUACGUAGCACACCUCAAAUAUUUACCAUACGGUUAUUUUAGUAAGGACACACAGAGAAAGGUUACUGGCGUCAUCAAAGAUCCACAAGGAGUGCCGCGGUACGUGCUGCAGGGGCACUGGGACAGCCGCGUGGAGGUGGCGCCGGUGAGCAGCACGUCGGCCGACAGCACGCUGUGCAAGACCGGCAAGUUCACCGUCGCCUGGCAGCGCGUGCCCGCGCCCCCGGACUCCGACAAAUGGUAUAACUUCACGUUGCUGGCGGCGCAGCUGAAUGAACCGGAGGAGGGCGUGGCGCCGACGGACUCGCGGCGGCGACCCGACCAGCGCCUCAUGGAGGAGGGGCUGUGGGACGAAGCUAACGCCGAAAAGCUGCGCCUCGAAGAGAAGCAGCGCGCCGCGCGCCGCGAGCUCGAAGCCGCUGCGGAGGCGGCAGCAGCUGAGGGCGGCGCGGGGCCGGAGCCGCCGCGGCCGCUGUGGUUCACGCGGCAGGCGGCGCCCGGCCAGCCGCUGCUGCGCCACCUCUACAACCACCGCUACUGGGAGUGCAAGCAGCGCGCCGACUGGGCCGCCUGCCCCGACAUCUUCUAG